UGAACACUGUUAGUAUUCAAGAACAAGAAUGCCCACAGGAUUGGAUUUUCUGUGGUGGUCAUGUUGUUUUUCUUACUAGGCAGGGGAGGCUGCCAAGUCCCGGGGAGGUAGGUGCAUCCGAUUUCAAUGAACCGGCAAAACGGGCGGGGUUUACAACGACUAACAUUAUGCUAUUACAGAGUACAAAUGUAGUCCUAAGCUUGGUCUAUGUUCACCCGAAAAACAGUCGAGUAUUGACAGUCUCGCGCGCCACCGACGCGUCACCGUGGAAACAGAACUGUCCGGUCUCGAGACGCACGGAUUUACUGCAUGUGUGUCAUUCAAACGAGCCAAUAACUUUCCAAGACCUUUACCAACAAUGUCUGCUUUGUUCCUCGAUUGAAAGUAGUGCCGUUUCACAUUUUUAAUAUCCUCCACGAACCGAGCUCAAUCUCCGUUGCUAUGGGAGUGUCUGCGUUAACGGGGUUGUCCGUGGUGAGUUUGCUCAGUCUGGGGUACCUCUCGUGGGACUGGACGCAAGCGAACCAGGUGGAAAAUGAUGUGUCCGCGGGAGUACUGGGGGAUCCGGAUAUCGGUCCGCCUCUUCAUCGGCCACCCCACAUCAUCUUCAUCAUGACAGAUGACCAGGGCUUUAACGACAUCGGAUACCACAGCAAAGACAUCCGAACGCCGGUGCUGGACAAGCUCGCGGCGCAAGGUGUGAAGUUGGAGAACUAUUACAUCCAGCCCACCUGCACGCCCUCGCGCAGCCAGUUCAUGACAGGCAGGUACCAAAUCCACACGGGCCUCCAGCACGGCAUCAUCCGUCCCCAGCAGCCCAACUGCCUGCCCAUGGACCAGCCCACCCUGCCAGAGCAGCUCCAGCAGCUGGGCUACUCCACCCACAUGGUGGGUAAGUGGCACCUGGGCUUCUACAAGCGGGCCUGCCUGCCCACGCGCCGCGGCUUCCACUCCUACUUUGGCUCCCUCACGGGCAGCGUGGACUACUACAGCUACUGGGCCUGCGACGGGCCGGCUGUGUGCGGGUUCGACCUACGCGAGGGGGAGCGCGUGGCGUGGAGCCGCGCGGGGACGUACUCCACACAGCUCUACACGCGGAGGGUGCGGAAGAUCCUGGCGGCCCACGAUCCCAACGCCGCCCCGCUCUUCAUCUUCCUCUCCUUCCAGGCCGUGCACACGCCUUUACAGUCGCCACGCUCGUACAUCUACCCUUACCGUCGCCUGGGCAACGUGGAACGCCGCAAGUACGCCGCCAUGGUGACUGCGGUGGAUGAAGCUGUGCGCAACGUCACGGCGGCGCUGCGCAAGUACGGUUACUACGACAACAGCGUGAUGGUGUUCUCCACGGACAACGGGGGCCAGCCGCUGUUCGGGGGCAGCAACUGGCCCCUGAGGGGCCGUAAGGGCACCUACUGGGAGGGCGGCGUGAGGGGCCUUGGCUUCGUGCACAGCCCCCUCCUCCGGCGACCGCGCCGCGUCAGCCGCGACCUCUUGCACAUCACCGACUGGUACCCGACUCUCCUCCGCAUCGCCGGGGGCAACCUGAGCGCCCUGGCCCCGGAAGUGGACGGCCACGACGCGUGGAGAUCCAUCAGCGAGGGCACGGAGUCUCCGCGCCACGAGAUCCUCCACAACAUCGACCCGCUGCACAGCCCCUCGCCGCACGGCUCCCUGGAAGAGGGCUGGGGAUUAUGGGACACGUCCGUGCAGGCGGCGGUGCGCGUGGGCGACUGGAAGCUGCUCACCGGCGACCCGGGCUACGGCGACUGGACCCCGCCGCAGAUGCUGGCCAGCUUCCCCGGCGCCUGGUGGAACCUGGAGCGCCACACGGCGCCGCGCCGCUCGCUCUGGCUCUACAACGUGACGGCGGACCCCUACGAGCGCCAGGACAUGUCUCAGCAGAGGCCCGACGUGGUGAGGCUGCUCCUGGCGCGGCUGGCCUACUACAACCGGACGGCGGUGCCCGUGCGGUACCCGCCCGAGGACCCGCGAGCCCAGCCGCAGAACAACGGAGGCGCCUGGGGGCCCUGGGCCUCGGACGACGAGAGCCAGGAGGAGCAGGACUGGGGAGAGCUGUCGGCCACGGCCAAGCAGCUGAAGCUGAGCAGUGGCAAGGAGAAGAGCAAGGGCAAGUGUAAGCACUGCAGCAUGAGGGCUUUCUUCAAGAAGCUCAACACGGGCAUCAUGUCCAAUAGGAUCUAG